UUGACACUGUGUACAUCUAAAGAGAACCAUUUUAUUCAACAGCCUCACAUGGAGGAGAUGAAUGUAGGCGAAGGGAAAGAGAGAUUUAAAUGGAAGCAUCGAAAGAGGCAGAAUCGAAGGAACAGAUGGACUUGGGCGGAUUAAGUGAAAUCUGGGUGGGGUUGUCAUAAACAUUCACUCGAGGUUGAGAAUGAAUAAAAGAAAAUACACAGUGAGAGAGAGUGAGGUUAUAAAAGUGAAACAGAGGUGAAGUGUCUUUACGGCUGAAGGUGUCUGGGGGCUCUGGACGGACCAGGAGAGACAGAUGUACCUUUCUCCCAAAGAUUAACAGAGAUCAUGAAGGAUUACAAAGAAAUGGAUGUUGGUGAUUAAGACAUGGAAUAAGUACAAAACUCAGAAAAUUUUAAUCUCUCCAAGAAAGAGACCAGGUGAGAGAUGGGCAAAAUCAAAAAGAAGAACAAGGUUGUUCUUGAUGGACUGCAUGACUUAAGACCAAUUUCAUCUCUGUGCUGAACUAAAGAACAUACAUCUGAGAGACACCUCUGAAUAUUCAGCAUGAACAUUUGUGAUCGUCAGCCUCAUCUCCAUUGACUUUGAGGACGUAUUGGCCACAUUUGUUGGUCGUAGACCAAGGAAACAUGUUUAACACAUUCUGAGCCAUUUCUGCAUUUCACCAACUACAUUUUUAUAUGGAAACCUAAGUAUCAGGUCCUGUCUGUAUCAUUCCACCAUGUUGGAGCAUUUGUCCCGCAGGAAUCGGUCAUUGCUGUCUCUCUCGCUGACCUCUCUGGCCCUAGCGCUCUCCGUUUUGGCCUUCUGUACCUCAUACUGGUGUGAAGGCACACACAAAGUGGUCAAACCUCUCUGUCUGUCGCCUGUCAAAAUGAAGAACUGCGGACAGAACAACAGCCAGCCUUAUACAACUGAGGUUCCAACAGCAGACCCCAAGAAGCCAGACUCCAAUGUGACAAUGUCCCCCAAGCAGAAGGAGGAACAGGCCCGUAUGAGAGCCAAAAAUCUGGCAAAUGCAGUUCACUACAUCUGGGAGACGGGUGAAGAAAAAUACAUGCUGCGCUACUUUCACACUGGCUUCUGGUUGUCCUGUGAGAAACACAAUGAUGGUGCUGGUGAGAAAUGUCGGAGCUUCAUUGAACUGACCCCUGGAGAAACACAAGGAGUUCUGUGGCUCUCAGUGAUAUCAGAGUUUGCAUACAUCAGCCUCCUGGCGAUGGGUUUUCUUCUGAUGUGGGUGGAAUUGCUGCUCUUGUGUCUGAAUAAGGACAUGUAUGCGCUCAAGAUCAAUGCUUUUGCUGCCAUGUGCACCGUGCUGUCUGGUAUGAUGGGAAUGGUGGCACAUAUGAUGUAUACAACAGUAUUCCAGAUGACUGUCAGCAUUGGGCCCAAAGACUGGAGACCUCAGACGUGGGACUACGGCUGGUCAUUUGCCAUGGCGUGGAUCUCCUUCAGCUGUUGCAUGGCAGCAGCUGUAUUCACCCUGAACUCUUACACCAAAACUCUGAUUGAGAUGAAGCACCGUGCCCGGAUCCGUCUGGAGGAGGCCCGUGCUGCCAGCCACGCGCCGCCCUAUGAUGAGGUCAUCGCAACCGGCGGUGAGAGCCUCUACUCCGUCAGCCGACUGGUUCAGCAAUGCCAUAAGGGUGCGUUUAUCGACACCACAUGGAGCUGCAGAGAGGAAGUGUCUGGUGGGGCUAUGGUGGGGGCAAAAAGUCCUCAUGGACUGGUACUGGUGGGGGGGUGCGGGAGAGAGGGAUGCGAGGACUGUGAGAGAGAAAUAAAUGAGGUGGAAGAUGCAUUAGAGAGGGAAGGGAAUGAUGAAAUGUGUUGAGGAGAAUGCCUGCAGGAAGUCCUUCAUCAUCAGCAGCAUCAGCCGUAUCAGUGACCAUGUUUACAUGCAUAUAAUUUUCUCAUUUUGAUCCAUACUUUGGUUAGGCCUUCAAAAAAUACAUUUACAUGCUCCGCAGCUGUUGAAAUAUCCCUGUAUUCAUGUAAUCAGCAUACUAGACGUGAUCUUGGCAUUUAUUCUGAGUAAUUUUGGACUGUCAUUUUAUCAUUAAAUGUCAAU